ACAAACGGUUUUCUCCAAUCCGACAGCUCGCCGCGCAGCUGAACUCAAAUCUUUUUGAAAGAGCGUGCGCUGUCUGUUUUUGAAUGUGAAGAAGAUUUGUUGAACAAAUUCAGUACUGAGACUUUUAUACUGGUCUUACCUGACUGAUUGAAGAAGCAGCAGAUAACGGGAAGUUCAUCAUCUUUGAAAAGCUCCACUGCUAGUUGCACAGAAUGAAGUCGGUGGUGAGAAAGAGCAAUAAGGAAAACGCUAAACCAGUAUGUAGUCCAAAAAAACAAGUCAUCAGCAGUAUUGUAUCAAAACAAAAAGUGUUAUGUAAAUCUGCCCCCCUUCAGUCAAAGAAUGAUCUUAAGGAGGAUAUCUCUGGAACAAGAGAGAAAGAAAAGGUUGUUAGAUCGAAGGCCAAAACUAAUCCUGAUCCCUCAGAGCGUAGCACACUAAGCCAGGCAUUCAGUACGCAGCAGACUGUAAGACACAAAAAGCUUGUGGAAGAAGUUCAUAAACCACCCUCCACUGUCUCUGCCAUCCAGAAAUCCAAACCUGGCACAUAUAAGGGUCGGGUAGUACAGUCUAAAAUCGACUGUUUCAGAAAAACCAGUGGUGACGUGAAGACCACAGAAAAGAAAGCGAUUUCAAAACCAGAUGUGAUCAGACCAAAACUUGAAUUGUCUAAAGUUCGGUCCAAGUCUGUUACUUCCCUAUGGGCAUCCACUAAACCCAAAGUAAACUCUGCUUUGUCAUCUAGACCGAAAUCUGUCUCUGAUAUCCAGCUGAAUGCCCCUGAAAAAACAGUCCAGAAGUCCGUUUCCCAUAAACGGAUACCACAAAAGUUCCCAGGUACUGUCUCCCAAGCAGGUCUCCGUGCUCCUCCCAGGUCAGCCCCUUUAGCUACAGGGCGCUCAGCCAUCAGCAAACCAAGCACCUUAAAGAAGAAAGAGAUGACCGUGCAGGUGGAGAAACCCAAAAUAGCCACCACUGAACAGAAAGUCCGCAGGCCUGUCACAAGUACAGUCAGCCAGUACAAAUUACAAGUAGAUACGGCUGAAGAGAGAAGAGCAAAGCUUGCAAUGUGGCUGGCAUCUAAAGGAAAAGCUCUGAAGAGGCCUCCGAUAUCAGAAAAGUUGACAACCUUUUCACUAAAACCAGCUCCACAGCCUAAAACAGGACCUAAAGGCACAAUUGGUUCCCAAUCUCAUCAUGUCGUCCAGACUGAGGCUGUAAAUCCAACUGCUGCAUUGAAGACUGACAACCAGACUAAUGAUAUUGAAGUCCCUGACACUAAAACGGUGUGCUCUAGGAGAUCAAGCACUAUUAUGAAUACCACACUAGACUUGCUGAACAACAGUGAUACGGAUUUGCCAAUCGACACAGAGAUAAGGAUGGAGUCGUUGGUUUUGAACUUGUGUGAAAAAUUGGAGGCAAUGGAGACGUCCUCGUCAGGUGAAGAUGAUAUACAUUUUGACAAAUCCGAUAUGGUGGCAAAGAAAAGAAUGGAAGUGCAAAUGGAGGAACAGGAAACCGAUAAAGUGUUUAAAAUUCUGGAAGAGGAGGAACUGGGAGAUGAAGAAGACCCAGAGAGCGACCUUACAGAAGACACGAAGAAGGCUGUCAUAGAGAAUAAGGAUAAUGAUCGAGAACCUAUAGAGAAGAAGCCAUUUGCGAGUGAAGAUGAUGACAGUGAUGAGGAGUUGAAGAGCACCACUCCAGAAAUGGCGGGGUCAUCCAUUGUAAAAUACAAUGUGAAAACAACUCCAUAUCUGCAAAGUGUGAAAAAGAGAAUUGAAUGUGAAACGACCCAAGGCAGUGGCUCGCGACGCAAAAGCACCAUCAAAGACCUCAAGUUUCUGACGCCCGUGCGGCGAUCAACACGAAUCCAGCGGAAGUCCUCUCGUCUGCCAGGUAUGCUGAAUGACCACGAUACAUGCGUCUCCUCACUGGCUGAGCUGGUGCAGACUGAAGAUGCAGAUGCAAAUGUUUACAUCUACAGAAAAAACCCAGCACUACUGGAGGACCUGCCAGAUCAGCCUGAAUACUUAGCAAAAGUAUUCAGUUAAGUAUUAUAAGCUGAUGUUGAUGAUCAAAAUUGGACAUUUAUAGCAUACGUAACACCUACAUGAAGUAUUCUAUGUGAUACUAUUAAAAUAGUUUAUUUAAAUAUUUAAGUUUUUGUUACAUUGGGCUGCUAAACACUAAUCUCUUAACUGUAAUGGCUUAACUGUUUAAAGACAAUAAUUUGAUUUAUAGGCAAUAUUAUAAAAAGUUAACUUCUAUGCUAACAAGGCUCAUGCAGUAUAUAAGAGCCUCUUCAUGUUUUCUUUUACAUUUUAACACCACUGCUUUGUUCAUUUUGUGAACCUGGAAGUUGAAAAAAAUGACAUGGCUGUAAAAAUUAUGAUUUGUUUUGUUUUUGUUUGUUUUGAAAAAUGAACAAACCAAAGAAUGUUGCAUUUAUCUGUAAUUUCUCUUCAAGAUUUUUAAGAUGCCGUCAAAUUGUCUAAACCCACAGUAAAGUAAUUUAAUUAACUAGACUUAAUUUCUACAGAGGAUUUCAUUCAUCCCUUAGAAGUUACCAUGUCUUUUUAAAGGCAAGAUUACCAUUCACUGUAUUUUAAACAUAACUGUGAUCACUGAAAUAGUGACUGUAAGACAUUUUAAUAAAGAAUAUAUCAGUGCAAAAUAAA